AUGGCAUCAUUAUCUUCAGACAAAAUGAAUCUGGAGGAUUCUAGCCUUGAUGGCGAUCCUAUUUUCUCUGACAUAGAGAUGGACGAUUUACCUAGCUUGGUUGAUUCAAUAUUCCAGCAUGAUAUCAAAGAUUAUUAUACCAAGCUUAGAUUGGAAAGGCUUAAUGAUCUUUUGGACCAUACAACCUAUCUGUUAGACCUUUUCAAAGUUUACACGAGCCAUAAAUCAAGGAAAAGACAAGCCACAUUAGCAUUCGUAAAUGGUAGCUUCUACUUAUUUCUGAUAAUACCAUACUGUGUACAGUUUCAGACAAAAAAUAAGUUGUUCACACGAUAUAAGGAUCUCAAGAUUGACUAUGAAGGUCAGAUCUCGAUGAAAAACAUCCUUGACACAGUCAAAGAAAAAAGUGUUUCAAUAUUGGAACAAGAUUUGAGCGGCAUCAAUCGAAGAAUUCUCAAGAAAAGGGCAUAUACAGAACCAAGUAUAAGGAGUGGAUUAUCGAGGGAUCGUAGCAGUACGUCAGUACUCUCUAGAAAACCUACUCUCUCGCAUGUUCCCUCGAAUCCUCAAAGAACGUUAUCAACACCUAAAAGAUCGAGCACGUUGAUGACUGAAAGCCUAUCAUUCGUGCUAGCUAGGCCAGCGGAAAUUAAGAAGCAUACAGUACCAAUUAUUGAUGCAACAGAUAAUAUUCCUAAAAUGUUGUCUCUUGUUGGUCUUAGAAACCAGGGUAAUACGUGCUAUAUCAAUAGUAUGGUUCAGUGUUUAUUUGGGACUAAAGUCCUCAGAGAUUUAUUUAUUUCUGAAUANNNAUAUAAGGACUUCAUAAAGAAGGAUGCAGAGACGAAAAUUUCAGAACCAUUUGCAAGAUUACUAUUGACAAUGUAUGAAAAUGGAGGCACUUCAGUGAUACCCAAAAAUUUUCUGCAACAGUUUUCUCUUUUGAGACCAGAUCUGAACAUUCCUAAGGAUCAGCAAGAUACGCAAGAGUUCCUUGUUAUCUUGUUGGAUAUUUUACAUGAUGAAUUAGUUUACACAGAUGAUUUAAUAAGUAACAACUACGUUUCCGAUGACAUAAAUUUAGGUAAAGAGUAUAUGCCAUGGUUACAGAAUAACUUAAAAGCUAACGGUAAGUCACCAAUAGACCUGAUAUUUCAGGGCCAAAUUGAAAAUUGCCUGCAGUGUCAACGAUGUGGUAAUACGUCCUACAAUUAUUCGAUGUUCUACAUGCUUUCGUUGGCAAUACCAAAAAUUGCUAAAGAAAACAGCAAAAACAGGGUUAAGUUGGAGGACUGUAUAAAUUUUUUCACGAGUGAUGAAAUUUUAACUGGUGAAAAUGCUUGGAACUGUCCAAAAUGUUGCCCAACCACUAUUGAGACUUAUGAUGAGGCCGAUUCGCCAGCCACUGUAGAAAACAGAGUAAAAAAUAAGAGUAUAAAUCCAUUGAAUUUUUUCAAGCUUCAUAAAGUUUUAUCUCCUUCGAGUGGUAAUCACCAUCGUCACCAUCAUCAUCAUCAUCAUCAUAAAUCUGAUGGUAAGAACAAAAAUAAAUAUAAAAAUGAGAAACUAAUAACCCUUAAGCAGUUGAAUUUCAUCAAAUUACCACCCAUUCUAGUCAUUCAUUUAUCAAGAUUUUAUUAUAAUUCUACAAAAAAGAAUAAUGCCGUCAUAACGUAUCCACUAAUAUUGAAUAUCAUAAUGAAAAAUAAUAUUGAUGUCGUCAAGUACAAACUAUACGGUUUAAUCAAUCACCAAGGUGGCUUGACGAAAGGGCAUUAUACUUCUAUUGUUAAUAAGGACUUAAAUCACAGUCUUGACUUAAAUGAACAGCAGUGGUACAAUUUUGAUGAUGAAGUUAUUAAAAAAUUGAAUUCAAAUAAUACGAUAAACAAAAAAGAGUCAUUUAAUAUUGAAAAAGAUGAGUUUGAUAGUAGUAAAGUUUAUGUUUUAUUUUAUGAAAGAAUUGAAUAG